CUCGGCGCCGAGCCCCGAGCGCCGAAGCUUCUCCGAGGAGCGGUGCGUGUCUGUCGUCGUGGCAAACCAACACUGGCAGGGCGGGAGGUUGUCGGAAACCUGCCGAGAUGUCUUGGCUGUUGCCGCGUCGAGGUCCCGCAGGCGGCGGGGCAUCGUUUCCCCGCACACCGCUGGCUGGGUAUUUGAGGAAGCUCCACCGACUUUCUUUGCCCUCCAUCGACCACGACCCAGCCCCCGCCCCAGCCCCCAAGAUGCCCUUCACACCCCCCGCCACUGCCCCCGCGCUGCGCGAAGGCGAGAGCUACGCCCAGCUCGAGGAGAUGCUCGCCGGCCGGCCGUACAUCGCGACCGACCCAUACCUCGACCGCCUGCGCGUGCGCGGCUUCGAGACGCUGUACGACAUCAACCGCGAGCGCGACAACGGCAAGCGCAUGGCCAUGCUCAAGGAGUUUGUCGAGUGCCGCGGCGGCCCGCGCGACAAGGUGUGGAUCGCCGCGCCGUUCACCUGUGAAUAUGGCUUCAACGUCUCGCUCGGUGACGACGUGUGCUUUGGCCCCAACUGCACGCUGCUCGACGUCGCGCAGAUCCGUAUCGGCGACCGCACCAUGAUCGGCGCCAACACGCAGUUCUACACCCCCGGCCACCCGCUCUCGCCCGAGGAGCGCGACGGCCUCAACGGCGCCGAGUGGGCUAAGCCCAUCACGAUCGGCAACGACGUCUGGAUCGGCGGCGGCGCGAUCAUUCUCGGCGGCGUGACUGUCGGCGACGGCGUGACUAUCGGCGCGGGCUCAGUCGUCACCAAGGACGUCGAGGCCCGCUGCGUCGUCGUCGGCAACCCCGCGCGCGUCAUCAAGCGCGUGCCCCUGCCUGGGCAGGAGGCCGAGGCCGCCGCCAACGGCUACAAGAAGGAGAGCAAGUAGAGCACGUAGAGCCCGCCCUGGUAGAGAGCUAGAGAUGAACACUGUACCCCUGCA